UAUUAAAAUUCCUGCUUUAUUCAUUACGUCAUUAAAUUGUAUAGAUGUAUAUAGUAGUUUGUCUUUACUUUGUGGAACUUUCGAUUCAAAACGUCUCAAAUCAAAUUAAGAAGCCAGGGAUUGUCCAAUACCUUCCUGAUGUGACCGGGGUAUGCCACCAUAAUCCCUUCCAAAUCAAGGAUUUUCUGCCUAGCGUUGGAAUCUUGACCAAAUUUGAUCCAUGAUACCGGCCCCCUUCCCCGUGUAUAUUCCAUUUUAUUUUGCUUUAUUGUAAAUAAGUUGGUCUGACCGGGGUAUACCAAUCCCUUCCAAAUCAAGGAUGUUAAGCUUGACACAGUUUAAGUCUGACGUCGGACUCACGAAUCAAAUUUGAGCCAUGAUAGCGGUCUGUACUCAUUCCCUCGGUUUCUAUGGAUGUAAAUUUAAUUUUGUUUUGCUUCUAGUGCAUAAGUUUGUCAAACAUGAUUCAGUAUCUAUAGUUGAAUCCAGGGAUUUGUAUAUAUCCCGUCCUAAUAUCAUAUCUGUGAUAAAUAAUUAGUACAUUGUUUUGUAAAUAAUCUGCAAUUAAUUAUUAUUGUUUUAAUGUUUAAUUUCAGAUCUUCUUGUAAAGUGUUAGACAAUGCGUGCUAAGUGGAGAAAGAAGCGUAUGCGCAGGCUAAAGAGGAAGAGGAGGAAGAUGAGGGCGAGGUCCAAGUAGGUUCCCUACCUAUCCUGCUACUCAAUCAGAUUACGUUUAGAACCUACGGCAGAAGAAAUCGAUUGGAACUGGCGGAAUCGGCUAAGUGCAGAUGCUGAUCUAGAAGCAGGGGAAUCCGUGAUUAUUAUAUUUUUUUUGCGGAUUUUAGUUGUUAAAUUUAAAUUAAUUACGCAAUUACAAACCUGUUUUUAUUUCAGAUAAAACACGGUGUGAUUUAUAAUCACUUGUGAAUUUUUAAUCAUCUUAUCCAGUUAUUACAAUAAGAAUGAUUGGAAACUUGAGUUCGCGCAUCCAACAGCUGACCUUGUCCUGUUUCUCCUAUCCCGCAUCUUUAACAGAUCCUAAAGAUUUACAAUUUUGUUGGCAAGGUGGCAGGUAGCAAUUUUGAUAUUGCAUCAGCCAAGAACUAUUUCACAAUUAUUGCAUCAUCAGUUUUAUAGCAAAGUGAAGAAUGUCAACAAGACGAGCAAGGAUAAAGGUUGCGCCCAACCUAUCCAGCUCCAGGAGUAAAAAUAGGACAGAUAACCAAACAUGUAAAGAUUAUGGAGUGAAUGCUAAAAUCGUACAAAUUCAGCCUGUGAUAAAGAAUGGGAUUACUACAAGAAAUUGUCUUAAACCUCCUCUUGCGUUAACCCCACCCCCGUCUUUGCUCUAUCAGACUAAAAUUUUGACCCAAGAACCCCCUACACAUCAUGUGCUCAAUCAGCCUCCUGCUAAACCUCUAUUCCAACCUCAACUUAUUACUCCGUCUGAACCCCCCAACCAGCCUGAACUGCAACCCCCCAGCCAGCCUGAACUCUCAGAACCCCCCAUCCAGGACUCGCUCCCUGCAAUUCAACCCUCUCUGGUAACACUCCUCACACCUCCCCCAACCCAACGCUCCACACUCGACCAAGAGACUGAACCUCCAUCCUGUCCGCUCUCCCCAGAAUCACAAACCACUGAGCUUUUAUCCUCUAAAUGUCCUCAGACUUCUGAAACCUCACCCUUGCCCGCUCAUAAGCCUGUCUCUGUAAAGGAGGACGCUAAAUCUAGUUCUACAGGAACAUUUGUUAACGGAAAAUAUAUCAGUAAGGAAACUGUAAAAGAAAAUAAGGAAGUCGCCACCCUGAAACCUGUGAACAGCCCUCAACAAAAUGGUAAACCUCCCAGUGCCACAAUGAGGAAGUUUCUUGGAAGAAACAAGUUUAAACCCAAUCUUUUCACGCGAGCAAAACCUACAAUUGAAGAUGCAACUCGAAGAACUAGAAAAUCAUCAGUUGGAGACUCUUCUGAAUCUAACCAUGUACUCGGGACCAGAAAAAUCUCCACAGGAGAGAACAACAACGAACCUGAGACAAGAUGUCGUAAGGUUUCAUUCUCCGACAGGGACGAAGUAUACGUCGAACCAAGACCAGCUCUAUCGAAACUUAACAGGAAACAACUGCGUUCAACCUCUGGGUCAAGUUCAGGAGACGAAAUAAAUUCUCAACCUAAUGCAGAAAUUACCCCUGAGGUUUUAAGUCCUGUUCAGAAAUCAAGAACGCGACGUAUUUCAGAAUCCCGUCAACCCUUGGACAAACUCAAUCUUGGACUGAAAAGAAGAAAGGUAGAGUCGAAACGUAGAUUUUCUCAAGGAGUACCGGGCCGGCAUAAAAUGACAAUGUUCGAUCUGAUCUACUACAACCCUGACAAUGGGACGGAGAUGGUAUGUGACGAAGCUGAACCUACUGAAUGUAUAUCUCGUAAAAUUGAUCUCAACGAGAGUGUGGAUAAUCCUGAACCUGAGAAAGAUGAAGAGGAUUCCCUCCCUGUACCCCAAGUCAAGGUUGGGAUUAACGGUGAGAUAAUACUUGAUGAAUCCAGUACUGUACUGGAAACUACAGCAGCUAAACGUGCUAAGGAGGAUUUAAGUCAGAUCCCUCUAGUGGUGGAAAACUGCAACAAGUUCACUAACUACGGAACCUGGUCUAAAAAGAGAAGAUACAGUGACUGGAGUGAGAAGGAAACGUUUAGAUUCUACCGAGCUUUGUCUAUCGUUGGAUCAGAUUUCUCUAUGAUGGAAUCUAUGUUCAAGAAGAGAACAAGACAGGAGCUCAAACUCAAGUUUAAGAAGGAAGAGAAGGUGAACGGACAGCUCGUGGAUAAAUGUCUUAAACAGAUGGGACAGUAUAUCGAUAUAGAAGACUUUAUGGGAGAGGAUACUGAGGAGGAGGAUGAGAAGGUUGACCGUCCUGAGCGUGGAAGGAAGAGGAAGGGAAGAUUAUCUGCCAGAAAGAAACAUUCAACCCGAGGACAUUAUGAAUCCUCCUCAGGUGGCGAGGAGGCCGAUGUAAGUGAGACUAGUCGCUCCCCCGCCUCACGGACACGUGACAACAAGAAUAAAUCUCGCAAGAAGAUAAAGGUUGACCCUAAACCUCUGAAAUCUCCGCGUGUCGACCCUGUAGCAACUCCGGAGAUUCAUCCUGAGAUUCCUGAACCUACGAUUACAAGUCUAGAGAAGUUGCCGGGUGUUAGGUUUCCUCCGGCCCUGCUCGCCGCUAAUCCUGGUCUUGCCGGGGCAAAGCCAGGCAGUCUUGUGGUUGUUGCCUCGCCAUCCAAGAAUGAUCCGAACGCGCAGAUGUUGCACGUUUACAUGGUGUCCGAUAAGAAGAAGAAAGAAAAUCCUCUGCUGACCCCCGGGCAUAUUAGUCCACCUCCCUCUCGCAUUCGCUCCCUAGAUCCUGGACGUCUUUCUAUAGAUCCGGCUGUAGUCCGAGCAGUGGAUAGGAAGCGGACGAGUGCUGAAAGGACGAACAGGAUUACAGACAUUAGUCCUGGCUCUGUUUACAGACGUCAGAGAACCCUGAGCGAAGGAACAAUGAUCUCACCAAGCAGACUGAGAACUCUUUCAGCGACUAUCCGAGACGACGCAACACUGGGGGAGACUUAUACAAGAACCCGCAAAUCUGGAAGUUCAUCGGAAUUCAGUAAUGAGGUUCCUGAAUCUGGUACAGCAACUCCCGGAUCAAGCACAGCAACUCCCGGAUCAAGCAGCAGUAUUCCCGGAUCAAGAAGCAGUACACCCGGAUCGAAUGAAGAUCCUAAUGCUCCUAUUGCUCGUAAAUCUAAGCCAUAGUAAAAUCUUUCGUUUAAAUUCACUCUGAUAAAAUACCAAAAAAUGUAUAAAAUUAUAUAUAAUAUUAUCUGUUCUGGAUUUUCUAGUUAAGAUUUCAUCUGUUUGAUUAAUGUGGAAAUAAAUCUAUAUUAGAUUUUA